AUGGUCGGUCCACCCGUCAGCACCCGCGAUCGCCUUCGUCACCAGCACGUCCCGCUGAUCUCGCCUCCGAACGAGGACAUAGUCCAGCAGGUGCCACUGACGCGACCGAGGAUGCCUCCAGGUGGCCUUUUCUCGCUCCAGCAGACAGAAGAACGUGUUCGUCAGGAUGAGGCGGUGUUCUGCGCAGGUGCGGAGGAGAAGCAGGCCGUUGUCGUUGGAGCCGCGAAGACCGUGAGUACCCAGCACUCCCCUCCAUACAGUAUGGUCUGUGCCGACGCGGGCGUUGAAGUCGCCAAGGACAAUCAACUUGUCCGCCUUCGACACAGUCGCCAAGAGGGCGUGCAGGUCCUCGUAGAACUUGUCUCUGACGGCGUCGGAACAGGUCAUCGGCCGAGCGUAGGCGCUGAUGAUGGUGGCGAACUUGCCUCCUCGCCGGAGAGGCAGGCGGAGGCUCAUCAGACGAUCGUUGGUUCCUUGCGGCAAACAGUGUAG